CUUCGCCCAGGACGCCCACCCAUCGGCUCUGCGCCCGGUUCUCGGCCGCCAGCCCGGUCCACAGCCCGGCCUCGGCCCGCAGCGGAGGAGCAGCCUCGGGGCACCCCAGCCUUCGCCGAGGGCCCGAGCGUGGUGGGAUGACGGGCGGCGGGCGGGCCGAAGUGGCCCUGCGGCCCCGGGGGCGGCUGUGGCCGCUGCUCGCUGUGCUGGCGGCUGCGGCGGGCUGUGUCCGGGCGGCCAUGGACGAGUGCGUGGAUGAGGGCGGCCGGCCGCAGCGCUGCAUGCCGGAGUUUGUUAAUGCCGCCUUCAAUGUGACCGUGGUGGCUACCAACACGUGUGGGACUCCGCCCGAGGAGUACUGCGUGCAGACUGGGGUGACCGGAGUCACCAAGUCCUGUCACCUGUGCGACGCCGGCCAACUCCACCUGCAGCACGGGGCAGCCUUCCUGACCGACUACAACAACCAGGCCGACACCACCUGGUGGCAAAGCCAGACCAUGCUGGCCGGGGUGCAGUACCCCAACUCCAUCAACCUCACGCUGCACCUGGGAAAGGCUUUUGACAUCACUUACGUGCGUCUCAAGUUCCACACCAGCCGCCCGGAGAGCUUCGCCAUCUACAAGCGCACUCGGGAGGAUGGGCCCUGGAUUCCUUACCAGUACUACAGCGGCUCCUGCGAGAACACCUACUCCAAGGCCAACCGUGGCUUCAUCAGGACCGGAGGGGACGAGCAGCAGGCCCUGUGCACUGACGAAUUCAGUGACAUUUCCCCCCUCACCGGGGGCAACGUGGCCUUUUCAACCCUGGAAGGAAGGCCGAGUGCCUACAACUUUGACAACAGCCCUGUGCUGCAGGAAUGGGUAACUGCUACUGACAUCAGAGUAACACUCAAUCGCCUGAACACUUUUGGAGAUGAAGUGUUUAACGACCCCAAAGUUCUCAAGUCCUACUAUUAUGCAAUCUCAGACUUCGCAGUGGGCGGCAGGUGUAAGUGUAACGGACAUGCCAGUGAGUGUGUAAAGAAUGAAUUUGGCAAACUGGUGUGCAAUUGCAAACAUAACACAUAUGGAGUUGACUGUGAGAAGUGCCUGCCUUUCUUCAAUGACCGGCCGUGGAGGAGGGCGACCGCCGAGAGCGCCAGCGAAUGCCUGCCCUGUGACUGCAAUGGUCGAUCCCAAGAAUGCUACUUUGACCCUGAGCUCUACCGUUCAACUGGACAUGGUGGCCACUGUACCAACUGCCGGGAUAACACCGAUGGUGCCAAGUGUGAGAGGUGCCGGGAGAACUUCUUCCGCCUGGGGAACACUGAAGCCUGCUCUCCAUGCCACUGCAGUCCUGUUGGUUCUCUCAGCACACAGUGUGACAAUUACGGCAGAUGCAGCUGCAAGCCAGGAGUGAUGGGUGACAAGUGUGACCGCUGCCAGCCUGGAUUCCAUUCCCUCACCGAGGCGGGAUGCAGGCCAUGCUCCUGUAACCCGUCCGGCAGCACAGAUGAAUGUAAUGUCGAAACAGGAAGAUGUGUCUGCAAAGACAACGUCGAAGGCUUCAGCUGUGAGAGAUGCAAGCCUGGAUUCUUCAAUCUGGAAUCAUCUAAUCCUAAGGGUUGCACACCCUGCUUCUGCUUCGGGCAUUCCUCCGUGUGCACAAAUGCUGCUGGCUACAGUGUUUACGACAUCUCCUCCACCUUUCAGAUUGAUGAGGAUGGGUGGCAUGUGGAACAAAGAGAUGGCUCGGAGGCAUCUCUUGAGUGGUCCUCAGAUAGGCAGGACAUCGCCGUGAUCUCAGACAGUUACUUUCCUAGGUACUUCAUCGCCCCUGCCAAGUUCCUGGGUAACCAGGUUCUGAGUUAUGGGCAGAACCUUUCCUUCUCCUUCCGAGUGGACAGACGGGACACUCGCCUCUCUGCAGAAGAUCUCGUGCUUGAGGGAGCUGGCUUGAGAGUUUCCGUGCCCUUGAUCGCCCAGGGCAAUUCCUAUCCUAGUGAGACUGCUGUGAAGUACAUCUUCAGGCUCCAUGAAGCAACAGAUUACCCUUGGAGGCCCACUCUCUCCCCCUUUGAAUUUCAGAAGCUCCUAAACAACUUGACCUCCAUCAAGAUCCGAGGCACAUACAGUGAGAGGAGUGCUGGAUAUUUGGAUGACGUCACCUUGGCAAGUGCUCGUCCUGGGCCCGGAGUCCCUGCAACUUGGGUGGAGUCCUGCACCUGUCCCGUGGGGUAUGGAGGGCAGUUCUGUGAGAUGUGCCUCUCAGGCUACAGAAGAGAAACUCCGAGUCUUGGACCUUACAGCCCAUGUGUGCUCUGUACCUGCAAUGGACACAGUGAGACCUGUGACCCCGAGACAGGUGUCUGCAACUGCAGAGACAAUACAGAUGGCCCUCACUGUGAGAAGUGCAGUGACGGAUACUAUGGAGAUUCAACCCUGGGUACCUCCUCUGACUGCCAGCCUUGUCCCUGCCCUGGUGGCUCAAGUUGUGCCGUUGUUCCCAAGACAAAGGAAGUGGUGUGCACGCACUGUCCAACUGGCACAGCCGGCAAGAGAUGUGAGCUGUGUGAUGACGGCUACUUUGGAGACCCUCUGGGCAGCAGUGGGCCCGUGAGACUUUGCCGUCCAUGCCAGUGUAACGACAACAUAGACCCCAAUGCGGUUGGCAACUGCAACCGCCUGACAGGAGAGUGUCUGAAGUGCAUCUACAACACCGCCGGCUUCUACUGCGACCGAUGCAAAGAAGGGUUUUUCGGCAACCCCCUGGCUCCCAAUCCUGCAGACAAAUGCAAAGCCUGCGCCUGCAAUCCCUACGGGACGGUGCAGCAACAGAGCAGCUGUAACCCCGUGACUGGGCAGUGUGAGUGUCUGCCUCAUGUGUCGGGCCGGGACUGUGGCGCUUGUGACCCUGGCUUCUACAACCUGCAGAGUGGACAAGGCUGUGAGAGGUGUGACUGCCAUGCUUUGGGUUCCACCAACGGGCAGUGUGACAUCCGCACUGGUCAGUGUGAGUGCCAGCCUGGCAUCACUGGUCAGCACUGUGAGCGCUGUGAGACCAACCACUUCGGAUUUGGCCCUGAAGGCUGCAAACCUUGUGACUGCCACCACGAAGGGUCCCUUUCACUCCAGUGUAAAGACGAUGGCCGCUGUGAAUGCAGGGAAGGCUUUGUGGGAAAUCGCUGUGACCAAUGUGAAGAGAACUAUUUCUAUAAUCGCUCUUGGCCUGGCUGCCAGGAGUGCCCAGCUUGUUACCGACUGGUGAAGGAUAAGGUUGCUGAGCAUCGAGUGAAACUCCAGGAGUUAGAGAGCCUCAUAGCAAACCUCGGGACCGGGGACGAGACGGUGACGGACCAAGCCUUUGAGGACAGACUGAAGGAGGCAGAGAGAGAGGUCACAGACCUCCUCCGUGAGGCUCAGGAGGUCAAAGAUGUAGAUCAGAAUUUGAUGGAUCGCCUUCAGAGGGUGAAUAGCAGUCUACAUAGCCAAAUUAGCCGAUUGCAGAACAUCCGGAAUACUAUAGAAGAGACUGGGGUCUUGGCUGAACAAGCACGGUUCCGCGUGGAGAGUACGGAGCAGCUGAUUGAGAUUGCCUCCAGGGAGCUUGAGAAAGCAAAAAUGGCUGCUGCCAAUGUGUCAAUCACUCAGCCAGAGUCUACAGGGGAACCAAACAACAUGACGCUGUUGGCAGAAGAGGCCCGAAGGCUUGCAGAGCGCCACAAACAGGAAGCUGACGACAUUGUCCGAGUGGCAAAGACAGCCAAUGAGACUUCGGCUGAGGCCUAUAAUCUGCUUUUGAGGACCCUGGAAGGAGAGAACCAAACAGCAUUUGAGAUCGAAGAGCUUAAUAGGAAGUAUGAGCAAGCAAAGAACAUCUCUCAGGACCUGGAGAAGCAGGCUGCCCGAGUCCAUGAGGAAGCCAAGCGGGCGGGUGACAAAGCUGUAGAGAUCUAUGCCAGUGUGGCCCAGCUGACCCCUGUGGACUCUGAGGCGCUGGAGAAUGAAGCAAAUAAAAUCAAGAAGGAAGCUGCGGAUCUAGACCGUCUAAUUGACCAGAAGCUGAAGGACUAUGAGGACCUUCGGGAAGACAUGAGAGGGAAGGAAAAUGAAGUAAAGAACCUUCUAGAGAAGGGAAAAGCUGAGCAGCAGACGGCUGACCAACUCCUAGCUCGAGCUGACGCUGCCAAGGCUCUUGCUGAAGAGGCUGCUAAAAAGGGACGAAAUACCUUACAAGAAGCCAAUGACAUUCUCAACAACCUCAAAGAUUUUGAUAGACGUGUGAAUGAUAACAAGACAGCUGCAGAGGAGGCUCUCAGGAGGAUUCCCGCCAUCAACCGGACCAUAGCUGAGGCCAAUCAGAAGACACGGGAGGCACAGCUGGCCCUGGGCAACGCUGCAGCCGAUGCCACGGAGGCCAAGACCAAAGCCCACGAGGCAGAGAGGAUCGCCAGCGCCGUGCAGAAGAAUGCCACCGGCACCAAGGCCGACGCCGAGAGAACCUUUGCAGAAGUGACGGAUCUGGAUAACGAGGUGAACAUUAUGUUGAGGCAACUGGAGGAAGCAGAAAAUGAGCUGAAGAGGAAACAAGACGAUGCUGACCAGGACAUGAUGAUGGCGGGGAUGGCUUCACAGGCUGCUCAGGAAGCUGAGCUCAAUGCCAGAAAAGCCAAAAACUCCGUUAGCAGCCUCCUCGGCCAACUGACUGACCUCCUGGAGCAGCUAGGACAGCUGGACACCGUGGACCUGAACAAGCUGAAUGAGAUCGAGGGCACCCUGAACAAAGCCAAGGACGAAAUGAAGGUCAGCGAUCUGGACAGGAAGGUGGCUGACCUAGAGAAUGAAGCCCGGAAGCAGGAGGCAGCCAUCAUGGACUAUAACCGAGACAUAGACGAGAUCAUAAAGGACAUUCACAACCUGGAGGACAUCAAGAAGACCCUACCGUCCGGCUGCUUUAACACCCCGUCCAUUGAGAAGCCCUAGUGACCAGAGGGCCGUAAGGCAGUGCCCCCAGAAGGGGAGCCCGUGAGGCCACAGUGCCUUGACACAGAGAUUACACUUUUCAGACCCCCCCACCUCUCUGCUGCUCUCCAUCACUGUCCUUGUGAACACAAAAAGUCGGAGUUUAAAGAGGAGCAGGUUAAACAUCCUGAACCAGGAACAAAGGGUUUGGCCUAAUAAAGUCUCUUCCAUUCACGUCAGCCCUUUACCCAGCAACCUUACGCCAAGGCAGACCCCUCCCCUUCCCUCCUCUCAACACCAGCAGAACCUAUCUCCGUUCUCAUGUUUCUAUGAAGGAAAUGUUUGGCUCCUCAUCAUAGCAUUGAGAUGGCCAGUAUGCCCCGUCUGUGGAUAACGAAAGUGCCUCCGCAUCUUCAGCCUCCUCUUUUAAACAAAAGGAAAUAAACACCUUGUGCCAAAGGUA